AUGGAGCCUCCGAAGUUCAAGAGAUUAAGGAAAUUCCAGCAGAAGGAUCGGGUCAGACCCGAUCCGGACCGGCUGAGCUCCCUACCCGACAGCAUCCUGGCCCACGUGCUGUCCUUCCUCGACACGAGAUCCGCCGUCCGGACCUCCGUCCUAUCCCGGCGGUACCGCCUCCUCUGGACCCUGUCGCCGUCUCUGGACUUCUCCUUCUCCGACUACCAGUCCGACCGGUACGAGUCCUACGACGGCCGCGCUUUCUCGCCGGUCAAGAACACGAGCCUCGCCUCCUUCGAGUCGUACGUGAACCGGAUUCUUCACCUGAGGGAGCACAGCAACCUAGUGCAGUUCCGCAUGUCACUGCACAAGGACGUCACCUCCGAAUUCAUGGCCGGCUGCAUUGACUACGCCGCCAGGCACAAGGUGCAGCACUUGAGGUUACGAGGUUUCGUGAAGCAGAACCCAGUUGCAUUGCCCGGAAUCUUGAUUAAUUCGUCGAUUUUGAUGUCCCUGCAUCUGAACAAUGCGACUAGCAACAGUAUUGAGCUGCCCAGGUCAGUUCAUCUGCCGGGGCUGAAGCUCCUGCGUCUCAAGAAUUUUGAAUUCUGCGACACGAAUUUCAAUGGGGAGGUUUUCACGGGUUGCCCGAAUCUUGAGACGCUGUUUUUGGGAAAAUGCUCGAUCAGGCCCGGGAAUAAGCUCAAGGUUUUGGAUGUGAGGUGUUUGAAGCUCAAGAGCUUGGAGAUAAGGUGCUGGAGGAGCCCCUGGAAAUGCUUUGACGAGCAAGCGAUCAACGUGUGGGCCCCGCGCCUCGGGUCCUUUUCAUUCCAGGGCCAUCUGGCUAGGGUGAAUUUCGAGGAAGGCUUGCCGUGUGUUGGAGAAGCUUGCAUCGACUUAUCUUUCCCCACGGCUUGCUCUAUGGUGAAUGCGGGUGAUAGAAAGGGGAAGACUCUGGAAGGUUUUCUCGACAUGCUUCGGCAGAUAUGCAACGUGAAAUGUCUGUCGUUAUCGUUGCGGACAUUUGAGGUUAUGGCUGCACCUCACGAUUUACAAGGCCGCGCGCCUAUAAUUUUCGAGAAUUUGAGGCUUUUGAGGUUCAUAGCUAGGAAUAAGUAUACGGAGGUGAAAUUGCCUGUGGAAACUGUUAUGCGAUUGCUAGAUAAGGUUGCCAAUGAUGUCUUGAUAUUUAACAGUUCUAAGAAAAAGAAACACUCGCCCGAGUCCUCAAAGGCCAAGAAAAAGAAGAGAAGAAAAAUAGCCGUCCCAACUCAUGUGAUGCACUUCCUAUUACAAAGUUCACCAUCUUUGGAACUGUUUGGCGUUCAAAUACCAAAGGAUUCACCAGGUCAAGAUUGA